AUGAAUAUUUUUAGAAAGCCUUCAAUGCUUUCUUGUGGCCAUUCAUUUUGUGCAGAAUGCAUACAGCACUGGUUGAGCGAGAACAUAUCUUGUCCAACCUGUCGUACUGACACCCAGGUACCAAUAAGAAAUAUUGCGCUUGAACAGGUUGUUGAAGAGUUUCGGUUGAGCCAGGAAUCUCGUGUGAGGUUUUCGAAACAGACGAAUGGAUUUGAGCCA